AUGAAUGCUGCUGCCCAGGGCGACAAGGCCUCGGCCAAAUCCAACUACCGCCUCGCUAUCGAGCACUACACCCACGCCUUGAGCGAGUUACCCCGCGCUCCGGCAUACUACAUCUCGCGAUCGACUGCCUAUUCGCGCCUCAAGUCCGCAGAUGGUGGUCCCGACUACCAGGCCGCACUCAACGAUGCCGAAAUUGCGCUCCAGCUCGCCAAAGAGCGCGGAAACCGCGAACUGAUUCUCUCCGCUCAGAUGCGCCGUGCCGUGUCGCUGUACCAGCUUGAACGAUAUGGAGAUGCAGGAUUUGUGUUUGGAAUCAUCGCCGAUAAAACCAAGAGCGAGAAGGUCCCAGCGAAUAGAACGGAGCAGGUUCAGGCUGCCAUGGGAGGAUCAGGAUCCGGAUGGGGAAGCUACAGAAACAAUUACAGCGCGCAAAUGCCGAUUUGGAUCGCCAAACUCCAACGCAAGGACGCAGAAGUACCCGAGGACGAUCCGAAGCGCAUUGUAUCCGUUGAUGAGUUCCCAUCUUCCACUUACGUUCCGACUGGAGGUGAGCUGAACGAUCAGUGGAUGGCCCUCAAGGCUGGCAACGUGGGAAUCACCGGAGCCUCGCAGCAGAUUGAGCCUCAGCCCUUCAACCCUGAACUCAUAGAGGGAUCGACCCUAUCCCCAGCGGAGGCUAUUAUGGCUGCUCUCGCUCAAGACCCAGACACCCGUGCUACGGCUACCUCUAUUGUCCCGGAGAAGGUUCGCCAUGAGUGGUAUCAGUCACAGGACUCUGUGGUUGUGACUCUUUAUGUCAAGGGGAUCCCGAAUGACAGUGUUGCAGUCGAUUUGAAAGAAGAUUUUGUCUCUCUGCAAUUCCCCCUCCCAUCUGGCUCUGAAUACGACUUUACCCUCGACCCGCUCUAUGCAGCCAUAAAUCCCGCCGAGUCCAAGGUCUCUGUCAAGAGCACCAAGAUCGAAAUCACUCUGCGAAAGAAGACAGCCGGCCAAAAGUGGAAUGCCCUCGAAGCCUCCGCUACCAACACCGCUGAGAUCACCGACCGCCCAGCUGCACAGAACGCGCCAGCUACCGCGGGCCCUUCAUAUCCCACCUCGUCACGCCACGGUACCAAGGAUUGGGACAAGGUCGCAUCCUCGCUCACUGGGAAGAAACCAAAUGAGAAAGCAGGGGACGAUGGAAACACAGCCGAUGCAUCGGAUGACGAAAGUGGUGAUGCUGUCGACGGGUUCUUCAAGAAGUUGUAUGCCGGUGCUGACCCAGAGACGCGCCGAGCUAUGAUCAAAAGUUACACCGAAAGCCAGGGCACAUCGCUGAGCACGAACUGGUCUGAGGUUGCGAAGGGAAAAGUGGAAGCUCACCAUGGAUGA